CCUUGUCACCAGUUUGAGUCCUGCCGGGACCUGUGCAUGUCUCCCCAUGUCCCUUGGCAGCUGACAAGCUCCUGAUCCUGCCUGUUGUGUUUGACAGUGGUCUGACAGAAAUCUGAACUGACAGGAAGCAGGUUAAUGAGCUAAUGCAGCACUUUGUUGAAGGCAUUAAGGAUUAAGGAGAUCUGGUUUAGCAGUGGACUACCAGGUGGACUACUGCCUGAGCUCACGUCACCACUUCAGUUCAUCACUACAAUAACAUGUGAUGACACAAUGUGGGAAAACUGCAAACAAGAUUAUUGAGAGCUUCUACAAUGAGACGUGGAGCAGCAGGUUUUCAGAGCCCAUCUCUCAGACUGUGUUAACAGCUCUGUGGUCGCUCUCUGUGGCCAUCUUCUCCGUGGGGGGGAUGUUUGGCUCCUUCUCUGUCGGCAUCUUCGCCAACCACUUCGGCAGGAGGAACUCCAUGCUCAUGGCCAAUGUGCUCGCCUUUAUUGCUGCUGCGUUCAUGGGGUUCUCCAAACUGGCUUCUUCCUUUGAGAUGCUCAUCAUUGGGCGUUUCAUAGUGGGGCUCUACUCUGGCCUCUCCACCGGCUUUGUGCCCAUGUACGUGGAGGAAAUCUCCCCCACAUCUCUCCGCGGGGCUUUAGGCACUCUGCAUCAGCUCGGCGUAGUGAUCGGCAUCCUCAUGGCACAGAUCUUUGGGAUUGAGUCCAUCAUGGGGAAUGCCUCCCUGUGGCCCCUUCUACUGGGCUUCACUCUGCUGCCGGCGGCGCUGCAGUGCGUCCUGCUGCCUCUGUGUCCUGAGAGCCCCCGGUACCUCCUCAUCAACUGCAACGAGGAGAGCAAAGCCCACAGCAUCUUGAUGAAGCUGCGGGGCACAGACGACGUGAGCACGGACAUGCAGGAGAUGAAGGAGGAGAGCCAGCAGAUGAUGAGGGAGAAGAAGGUGACCAUCCCCGAGCUGUUCCGCUCCUCCAUCUACCGCCAGCCCAUCCUGGUUGCCAUCAUGCUGCAGCUGUCACAGCAGCUGUCUGGAAUCAACGCUGUGUUUUACUACUCGACUGGGAUCUUUGAGCGGGUGGGUGUGUCUCAGCCGGUCUAUGCAACCAUUGGUGCAGGAGUGGUCAACACGGCCUUCACUGUGGUGUCUCUGUUUGUGGUGGAGCAUGUGGGGAGGAGACCUCUUCACCUCACUGGUUUGAUGGGAAUGGCAGUUUCAGCAGUUUUUCUAACGGUCGCCAUGGCCUUGCUGGACCAGCUCAGAUGGAUGUCCUAUGUCAGCAUGGCAGCCGUCUUCAGCUUUGUAGCCUUUUUUGAAAUCGGCCCCGGCCCCAUCCCCUGGUUCAUAGUGGCGGAGCUCUUCAGCCAGGGGCCCCGGCCCGCUGCCAUUGCCGUUGCUGGUUUCUGCAACUGGUCUGCCAACUUCUUAGUGGGGAUGUGCUUCCAGUAUGUUGAGCAACUCUGCGGCCCCUAUGUCUUCAUCAUCUUCACUGUUCUGCUGCUUGGCUUCUUCGUCUUCACCUACUUCAAGGUGCCGGAGACCAAAGGUCGCACCUUUGAGGAGAUCGCAGCCGACUUUCGCCAGUCAGCUGGUCAGGCUGCUGACAAGUACUUAGCCCCUGAUGAGUUCAACACCCUCAGGGGGGAAGACCCUGACCUUUGACAGCUGCCACUCAUUCACACAUUCACAUGCAACAGAACUACAUGUUACACUCUGUGUACAUUUUUUAAAACAUGCAAAUGUCCCAUGAGCUAAUGUUAGGAUCAGUGUUACAUAAGAGGUCUAGUGUUCACACAGGCUGUAAUAUGAGGACAGAUGUCCUGACUGAAGACAUCACUGUUAGUUUCUGUGGGCUCAGUCUGCAGCCCAGGACGUCUGUGGGCCUGCUCAGGCUUUCAGGGUCACCUGAGUGCAGGAGGAGGAGGAGGGUGGGCUUAGAAUUUAAACAUUUGGAGUUACGCCAUAAUGUUCUCUUCCAAAAUAGAAAAUGUCAUCACAACAUUUAAAUUUCUCAGUUACUCUUUUCAUGUCUGUUAUGCAGUUGCAUUUUAUAUUUGAAGAUUUAAACGCUGCUUAAAUUGAACCCUGAACGAUGAUAUGGAAAACCCCAGAUCCAUGUGGAGAGAAGAGGAAACGGCAACCAUCAAACCGUCUCGUGUCCUCGUCCACCACACUGGUUCAAUGGCACCAACUAGAGGAUUAAUGCAGUCAACUCCUAAUAUUUACGUCUCACAUGGAAAUGCUAAUUCAUCUUUUCUUUGUCCUUUAAUGUAACCACUUCCACCUUCACAGGCCUGAGCUUUGAGUUUUGUGAAUUUAGCUUUGAGACAAACAACUUUUUGAUCGUUCUGAAAUAUUUUUACUUCCAGCUGUUUUGUUUUGCUGUAGCUAAACACUCUACUGUCUU